UGAAAGAAGAAAAGAACCACUCGUUCUCAAUCGAAGCAGAGGAACUCUGUAAAAUAAUGGUAGAGACGAACGCUCCUCCUCGUCCAAAGCCGGUGGCACCACCUCCACUUGCAGUACCAGGAGGUUCUGUCUAUAAUCCAACAGAGCAGCUUCGCCAACUCAACUACUGUAUCCAUUCCAAUCCUUCAUGGCUGGUAACAGUUGCACUGGCUUUCCAACAUUAUAUUGUGAUGCUAGGAACUACUGUCAUGAUUGCCUCCCUUAUAGUUCCCCAAAUGGGUGGGGACAAUAAAGAUAAAGCCCGUGUAAUUCAGACAUUGCUCUUUAUGGCGGCAAUCAAUACACUGCUUCAAACACUUCUUGGGACGCGGCUUCCUACAGUGAUGAGGCCAUCCUAUGCAUAUGUGUUAUCAGUUAUGUCAAUUAUCAAUGAUAUGUCUGAUAGCAAUUUUGCGAAUGAGCAGGAGAGAUUUGUCCAUACUUUAAGAGCUAUUCAAGGGUCUCUGAUUGUCUCUUCUUUUUUCAAUAUCAUUAUCGGGUAUAGUAAGGCAUGGGGGAAGUUUACAAGGUUCUUCAGUCCUGUUGUUAUUGUUCCAGUGGUCUGUGUUGUGGGUCUUGGUCUGUUUGGGAGGGGCUUUCCCCGGGUUGCUGACUGCAUUGAGAUUGGUCUCCCCAUGCUAAUUAUUCUGGUUAUUGGCCAACAAUAUUUGAAGCAUGUUCAUGAAUUCUCACAUACCCUACUUGAGAAGUUUGGCUUGCUUUUCUGCAUUGCAAUUGUCUGGACUUUUGCUGCUAUCCUUACUGUUGGUGGCGCUUACAAUAAUGCCCGUCAGCAGACUAAGAUUAAUUGCCGCACUGACCGUUCAUACCUCAUAGCAUCAGCUCCUUGGAUUAGAAUUCCAUAUCCUUUUCAGUGGGGUGCACCUAUCUUCCGGGCCAGUCAUGUCUUCAGCAUGAUGGGUGCAGUACUUGUUUCAACAGCUGAGUCAACUGGAACAUAUUUUGCAGCUGCACGUUUUGCAGGAGCUACACCACCUCCAGCACAUGUGCUUACUCGAAGCAUUGGUCUGCAGGGUAUUGGUACGCUGCUUGAUGGGAUGUUUGGUUCUAUUGUUGGCACUACUGCGUCUGUUGAAAAUGUUGGCCUUCUUGGAUUGACACAUGUAGGCAGCCGAAGAGUAAUCCAGAUAUCAUCUAUAUUCAUGAUCUUCUUUUCGAUAUUUGGAAAGUUUGGGGCCUUCUUUGCAUCAAUUCCGUCGCCAAUAUUUGCUGCUACAUACUGUGUUCUAUUUGGACUUGUUGCUGCUGUUGGAAUCUCAUUUAUUCAGUUCACCAACAAUAACUCUAUGAGGAAUCUCUACGUCUUGGGUCUCUCUCUCUUCUUGGGAAUAUCCAUUCCUCAAUAUUUUGACCAGUACACUGCUUCACAUGGCCAUGGACCAAUCAAAUCAGGUGGUGGAUGGUUCAAUGACAUAUUUAAUUCAAUCUUCUCGUCACCCCCAACUGUGGCAAUGAUUGUUGGGACGCUGCUUGAUAAUACACUCGAUCCUAGGCAUUCAGCUGGAGACAGAGGAUUAGCUUGGUGGGUACCCUUCCAGAACAAGAAGGGAGAUUCCAGAAAUGAAGAGUUUUACAGUCUUCCUCUUAGAAUGCAUGGGUAUAUCCCCACCAGAUUCGUCUGGGUACCUACGCAUCCUUGUACAUCUUGUUUCGAUUACUAA